AUGUCUUUAAGCAGCCAUCUUCGUCCUCGUGUUAAUGUCAGUGGAGUCCUAACGAUGAGAACUUAUCAUUACUUCAGGUGUCUCCGUUGCCAACGAACCAUAAGGUUCACCGAUUCAAACCCUUUUGGAAGUUUUUGUUCCCAUUGUUGUCGUCAACUUAGUCACGAGCUUGAUGUCAUAAGGCCUAGGCUUCGAGCCGAUCAUGGCCUCGACCCUUUUAUGAUUAUCACUCUCGUCGAACGACCUCGACAGCAGCCGAGUGCUGUUGAUGCACUUGAAGAUACAGGCAAUGAGUUAGAUGGCUUCGAGACAGACAGGCCAGUGCCUCCACCGGCAGCUGCUUCGGCCAUCGAGGCAUUGCCGAUGGUGAAAAUCACGGAAAACCAUCUGAUCCAUGCGGCGCAUUGUCCCGUUUGCAAGGAGGAAUUCGUGGUCGAUGGCGAAGCAAAAGAGCUGCCGUGCAACCAUUUGUAUCACUCUGAUUGCAUUGUGCCUUGGCUGAGCAUUCACAACACCUGCCCCGUUUGUCGCUCCGAGAUCAAUGACGAUAAUGACACGGUUGACACUGCCGCCGCAUACAACAACAAUGAUCAAACCGUUGAAAUGUUUUUCCGGGACAUCGGUUUCGUUGUCGACGAUCUUGCCAAUGGACUGACCCGGUUACGAGCUCGGUUCCUCUCUUCGGGGCCACUUCAGGCAUUCUCUCAUUGGACAUACCGGUAUCUCUCCCGCGGGGGUAGGAUAUAUCGCCAGAGCUUAAUCUUCUCCUUGCUUAUGCUAGCUCCUGGUGGCCAUCUUGGCUCAUUCUAUAGCUUCUGUCAAGAAAUCACCCGCCUUCAACCGCUGGUAAUGUUUUCCAACACUUUGGAUGGCAGGUAUGUUGUUACUGUUCUUUUCCUUUCGUGUCUGUUCUGCAACAUGUUCCAAUUCACCUUCGGCAAAGAAAAAAACAAAAUUCCAUUGGAGAUCAAGUUGUUUCAUGGUUUCAUCAUUCUUGUUGUUGCUAGCAAAUUUCUUACUUGUGUUUAUGUAUCUGCAGUUUUCUCACCACAUGAAGACAAAAUGGGUGUUAUGUUCAUGUAA